GGAAGGAACAAGAGCAACUGACAGGAUGAAGAAACUUUUCCAGAAAUUCCUGCACCCAAACGCCCAGCAGGCCCAGUUCCCCCAAGAGAAAUUCCCAGGCACGCAAAAACACCAACGUUUGCGCAUGCUCACUGAAACAGCCCAGUCGCCCCACCCGCCGCGCGUUGGCUCCGCCCCGGCCACUCUCUCCUACCCCAGUUCCGGGGGAAUUGUGUUACUGCGACGCUGAGCCGACUUUCUUCCUUCCGCCGUCCGGUGCUUCUCCCUCGCGAUGGCAUCCGGGUUGGUGAGGCUGCUGUUGUGGAGGCCUCGCUGCCUUCUGGCACCGGCCGUACCCGCUCUCGCCCCGCCGAUUCGGGGAGUGAAGAAGGCAUUCCGCGCCGCUUUCCGCUUCCAGAAGGAGUUAGAGCGGUGGCGCCUGCUUCGGUGCCCGCCGCCGCCCGUGCGCCGUUCAGAGAAGCCCAACUGGGAUUACCAUGCUGAAAUGCAAGCAUUUGGCCAUCGGUUACAGGAAACCUUUUCCUUAGAUCUUCUCAAAACUGCAUUUGUUAAUAGCUGCUAUAUUAAAAGUGAGGAGGCCAAACGCCAAAAACUUGGAAUAGAGAAAGAAGCUGUUCUUCUGAACCUUAAAGAUAAUCAAGAACUAUCUGAACAAGGGACAUCUUUUUCACAAACUUGCCUCACACAAUUUUUUGAGGACGCAUUCUCAGACUUGCCCACUGAAGGCGUUAAAAGUCUAGUUGACUUUCUCACCAGUGAGGAAGUUGUGUGUCACGUAGCUAGAAACUUGGCAGUGGAGCAGUUAACGUUGAGUGCAGAAUUCCCAGUCCCCCCAGCUGUGUUAAGGCAGACUUUCUUUGCAGUGAUUGGAGUCCUGUUACAGAGCAGCGGACCUGAGAGGACUGCACUUUUCAUCAGGGACUUCUUAAUUACUCAAAUGACUGGAAAAGAACUCUUUGAGAUUUGGAAGAUAAUAAAUCCCAUGGGGCUGCUGGUAGAAGAAUUGAAGAAAAGGAACAUUUCACCUCCCGAAUCUAGACUUACUAGGCAGUCUGGAAGCACCACAGCUUUGCCUGUGUAUUUUGUUGGCUUAUACUGUGAUAAAAAGUUGAUUGCAGAAGGACCUGGGGAGACCGUGAUGGUUGCAGAAGAAGAAGCUGCUCGAGUGGCACUUAGGAAACUCUAUGGGUUCACCGAGAAUCGCAGGCCCUGGGACUAUUCCAACCCCAAAGAACAUGUGAGAGCAGAAAAGACCAUCACUGCCAGCUAGCCAGCCAGAGAUGUGGAGCCUGAAAUUUGUAAGCAAAACAGCGGGACAAAUGUCAAAAGACGUUCAAAGCUGGACAUUUUUUAAAUUGUAAAGAAAUUCCUCAUACUGAGUUCCUAAAAUUAAACAAGUAUUGAUAUUUAUCAGGUCACUUUUUUUUUCUUUUUAAUCAUUUUUGUUUUGUCAAAAGUCUUUUGUUAUUUUUUGGAUAAAUUUUAACUAAAGUUCUUGAUUUUAUUAUUGUAAAUAUUUAACUUGUACAGUUAGGUGUAUUUUAUUCCCUUCUAGCUUUGAAGUAUCAUAAUCUGAAUAUAUGUUUUAUGUGAAGUUUGCUGUAAUGCCAAUAAAAAAGUUACGCUUUAAGU